UUUCGAAAGUGAGGCUAUUCACCAGCCAUUCAUCAUUUAAAUGAGUUACCGCACUUUGUGAUGUGAAUUAAGUGAAUAUUGACAAAGUAGAAAGCAUACCGUUUAAUAAAAAGUAUUACAAAACCAGAGAAAAGAAGAAUUUUAAUUUUUAAACCGGAAGUGAAUAAAAAACCGCGACCAGAAGCGGCGUGGAGAUGGAUGAAGAGAGCGGAGAGCUAUUGUCCCAGAACAAAAUAGAGGGAACCAACACAAAACAGGAUUCUGUUACAACAGUGAUUAAUGGAGAUCCUGAAAAUAGUUCUACAUCCAAAGAUCUGAAUGUUGAAGAAAAUCAGAGGAUUAAUGGAGAAGUUGGUGAUAGCAUCACUGCAGAAAAAUUAACAAGCGAAAGUAUAGAGACAGGAACAAGUGUAAGUGGAGAGACAGGAAAUGGAGUGACUGACGAAACUGGAGAUUGUUCAUCUGGGGAGAAAUUAAACAGCUUGGCCAAAACCAUAGAUGAUGAACCAGGAGUGGUUGAUGCUUCAGGAGAUGGGGAGGUUGAGGAGACAACUGAUGGUCUGGAAGGAGAAAUUGGAGACUCCUCUGAUGUCAUGCCAAUACAACUUGGAGAUACAAGUCAACAAGACGAUGAUGAUGAUGUGUUAGAUUUAAUGGACGAUAAUGGAGAAGAUGGAAAGAAUGAUCAAACCGAUGGAAUGGUUACCUCUGACAUGCAAGAUUGUGAUGAUCAAGUCAUUGAUUUGCCUGAGGAAAGUGAACAAGUUUCGCAAACAAAGGAAAUAUGUGAAAUUGUUGAGACUAAUGAGCAGACAUCUGGCCUGGUAGAGGAAAAACUGAUAGAAGAUACCAGUUUAAUGGUACCAGAACAAACAGGGCUGUCUGGGGAGCAUGAACAAGUUCCAGACAUUUCUGAUGGAAAUGAGCCAAAUACAGAGCAGGAGGAUUAUGAUGUUUUGGAUCUAAAUGAUGAGUCUGACUUGCCUGCCUCUUCAGACCAGGAUAAAUUGGAAUCGCAGGAGGAUGAUAAAGACCUAAUAACAGACACCAGAGAUGUCAUUGAAGAAAUUAAACAGUUAGAUACAGAAACUGAAAACCAAAGUGACAUGGAAACAAAAGAUGAGAUUAGUCAGUCUGGAGAAAAAGAUGAAGUCAUGGAAGUUUGUAAAGAUGAAAUUGAAGAUAAUGUACUGAAUACUGACAUUAAUGAUGAUGAUGUCACAACUAUCAAUGAUCAGGAAGAUUGUCUAUUAAAUACUGAAAUGGAGGCUGAACCAGAAGAUGCUUCAACCAUGGAAACAGGAAAUGAUGCAGGAGAGAUUAAUCUUGACACAGGUGAAAUGGUUCAAAGUGAAAGUGGAGUGGAAAAUGUUGACAUGGAAAAAGCUGAAGAACCUGUUGAAGCAGUAAUGGAGAAUGAAGAAAUAGAAAAAGAUGUAGAUAUGGUCGGAAGUGAGGAGAAAGGAAAUAUAGAUGAUAAAAACAAAAAUGAAAAUGAUGCUGAUGUUUCAAUGGAAAACAUGGAGGAUAAGGAAAAAACAGAAAUUGUUGAAAAUGUAAACAAAGAGAAAGAAACUGAUGUUAGUCAGCCAGAUGAUUCCACAGUUGAGGAAGCGGGAGUCGAUAGUGAUGGGGGACUUAAAAUUACUCAAGUUGAAAGUAUCGUUGACUUGAAAGAAGACAGUGGAGGAAAAGAGAGUGGGGAAGAAAUGGCUGUUUCUGCUCCUGAAGUGGAAAAAGAAAGUGGAGAGAUAGAAAAUAUACUGGAGAAGGCUGUCACUACUAAUGAAGAGGAAAAGGGGGUUGUAAAAGAAGGAACUGGAACAGAGGCAGCUGUUAAUAAUAGUGAAGAGAAGAAAGAUAAGACAGAAGAGACUUCAACUACAGAAAAUAAAAAUGAGAAAAAAGUUGCUGAGAUUAAGAAAGAUACUGACGAUGUACAAAUUGUGGAAAAACCCAAAGAAGAAGAGAUUGACAUCAUAGAUUUGGAUGCUGAUGAUAGUGAUACAGAGAAAGAGGUAAAGAAAGAGAAAACUGAUGGUACUAGUGGGAUACAGAUAGCUUCCGUUAGUGGUGGUACUGAUAUAUCCAGUGUUAAGGAAUCAGAAAAGGUCAAAGUAGAGACAAAAAAAGAUGUUAAACCAGUUGUGCCUGUAAAACAAGAGGUGAAACAUGAAGUUAGAACAGACAAUAAAUCUCCAAAGAGUAAAAUACAGACUUGUAUUGUGUGUAAAAAGGUUGGAAAAUGUAAAUAUAACAUUGUUAGAAAUGGUGACAUCAAACAUCUAUGUGACGAUGACUGUUUUAAACGAUUCCGAUCGAACCCUACAACAUAUUUACGAUCAUCAACACCACCACAGCCACAGGAAAACAAGACAGUCGCUCCUGCAGUGAACAACCAACAUGGACAAUUCAAAACCUGCCAAGUUUGUCAAGUCAUGAACAUCAAUGCGUCAACAGCAAAACCAUUUCUGAAUUGGCAGGGUAUGGAUUUUUGUGGUGAGGAUUGUCUUGGAAAAUUCCAGAGUAGUCUGAAUACGUCAUGUUCAAGCUGUUCAAACGUUAUUCAGCAAGCCACUAAAGGAAAAUUUUGUUUCAAGUUUGGAAACCAGAUCAGGCAGUUUUGUUCUCAGGGUUGUUAUAACGAUUUCCUGAAAAAGCAAAAACUUUGCGAAUGUUGUCAAAAGGACAUUACUAAAAGUUCAGAUGCAUUCGUAGCCCCAGCAGGUCCCGAUAGUUCAUUUAAAGAUUUCUGCAGCCAAAGCUGUCUUCAGAAAUACGAAGAGAAAAAUAAUCGUGACAUUGAAAUCACUGGUGUUGAUCCGGGGAAGAAAAGUGGUCCUGCUCCUAAAGGUACCCAUACUUGUUCCGUCUGUGCAAAGGUCAAUACCAUGAAACAUCAGAUUCAGCUGGAAGGGAAAACCAAUUAUCUCUGUGGGGAUCCUUGUUUCUCAGCAUUCCAGUAUGCCAACAAAUUGACAAUGAACACUUGUGACAAUUGUGGCAUCUAUUGCUACAACGAAGGGAUGCAUCCACAGUAUAUUCAGUUUGAAGGGCAGCAAAAACGCUUCUGCAGUUUCAUGUGUGUAAAUACAUUCAAAACAUUAAACAAAAAAGUCGUCUCAUGUUCAUGGUGUAAUUGUAAGAAAAGUAACUUUGACAUGAUUGAGCGAGUUGAUGCUAAUAACAAGUACCAGUUAUUUUGCUCACUGAAUUGUCUGUCCUUGUAUCGUGUGAAUCUCCAGGCUACUUCGAAUCAAGCGGUGCUAUGUGACCAGUGUAAGAGAUACGUUCCAGCACAAUACCAUCUGACCAUGAGUGAUGCUUCUGUUCGGAACUUUUGUUCUUAUAAUUGUGUCAUGAAAUUUCAAUCACAGUUUACCUCCAGUGCUGCACCGUCGGGGACAACAACAACUGCUCCAAAACCUGGGGGGAUACAGACCAGAUCAACAACUAGGCCACCCCAGCCAGUGCAGCAUAAACCUGCCAUGCCACAAACUGCAAUUAGGUCUGUAGCACCACACAAUAUGAUUCGACCGCCUUUGCAGAACAGACCAACCAAUCCAAACAUGAAUCAGAUACCAAUAAUAUCAAAUGUGGUCUCUCUUGCACCUCAAGUCAACCAACAACAACAAGUGAAUUUCAAGUCAAAUCAACAAGUUCCAUUGGUUAUCAACAAUAAAAAUACUAAUAUCAGGACAACAGUACCAGCUCAGGCAACACAAACUAUACAGACAGUUAUUAUUCAACCACCACAACCAAAAACAAUCAAAAACAAGUCAUGUCUUUGUAAACCAUUUGUACAGACUAAGGCCACAUCAUGCCGUCCUCACACACAAACAAAGGAAACACAAACAGACAAAGAUAUGGAACCCCAGAAUGUGUUGAUACCCAUCCCGAUACCUUUCUAUGUUCCAGUACCAAUGGCAAUGUAUUCACAGCCAACACCCAUUGCCUUUCCCUUCCCCAUACCUAUACCCAUACCAUGCUUCAUACCAACCACCAAGAAAAGUACCAACAGUAUUCUGAAACACAUAAAGGAAAUUCGUGAGAAGAUACCUGACGAUCCUUUAGAAGCAGAACUUUUAAUGAUGGCAGAGGCAGUGAGUGCCGUGGCAAAGGACUCAUCAGAAUCUGAAUCAGAAAAUGAGGCAGAAAUGGAACCAGUAGAAGAAAUAGCAGUCACCAAAAUCUCUCCCCCUUCUGAUUCCCCAGAACCUGAAGUUCCAGAAAAACCUGCUGAUCUUGGAGAGGACAUGUUACAGAUGGCGCUCAGAAUGGCAACAGAGAUGACCCCUGAACCGGUUAUGGAUCUAGAGGAAACCAUUGAACCUGUUCCUGUCAGUACAGAACCCCCACCAAAGCCAAAACCCAAAGAACAAGAGGAUACUGAAGAUGAAGAAGAUGACGAUGAAUACACACCUGUCCGAGAAACUAGGUCGCAAAAGGGCAAGGGGACAAAACGACCCGGUAGCAAUCAGGCAAGACGUAGAUCAAAAAGACAGAAAGCACCUGUAGUCUUGAAAGUGGAGGAACCGUCUGCUCCGGAGCCUGAACCUGAACCAGUAAAUGAAACACCGCCUGAUGCAAAUAUGUAUCUCAAAUAUACGUAUGGUGUGAACGCAUGGAAACAUUGGGUUGUUCUGAAAAAUAAUCAGUUGGAUAAAGUAACCAAACAAGGUUCUGGAAAGUUAAAACUGUUUAAGACUGACAUGUUACAAUGCUCUGCAGAUGAGCUGAAUUAUUCUUUAUGUUUGUUUGUUAAGGAAGUACGGAAACCAAACGGGGAAGAAUAUGCACCAGACAGCAUUUAUUAUCUUUGCAUAGGUAUUCAGAUGUUUCUUUUUGAAAAUGAAAGAAUAGACAACAUCUUUACAGAUAUUUACUAUGAGAAGUUUACAGAAUGUCUAAAUGAAGUUCUACAGCGAUACACACCCAAAUUAAAUGCAGCAGGUCAGAUUGUAUGUAGAAUUGAAGAAGAACAUUUAUGGGAAUGUAAACAAUUAGGUGCUCACUCGCCACAUGUACUGCUUAACACACUUGUGUAUUUCAAUACCAAAUUCUUCCAACUGAAAACCCCUGAAGAACAUUUGAAAUUGUCAUUUACGCACAUAAUGAAACACUGGAAGAAAACGCCUGUUGGUAAAGGGAAUACCCAGGGCAGAAGUGUGUAUCUGAGAUAUUACUGCCCUGCCCCAGUGAGACCUGCAUCAGAUAACAACAGAAAGAAGAAAGAAGAACUGCCUGUAUAUGAGCAGGCAGAGAAUUUAGAUAACCCUCUUAGAUGUCCUGUCAAGUUGUACGAGUUCUACCUAUCUAAAUGUCCAGAAAGUAUAAAGAACAGAAGUGAUGCAUUCUACCUGGUACCAGAACGAUCCUGUGUCCCUGACAGUCCCGUCUGGUACUCUACACAGAACCUUCAGACUGAAGCCAUGAACAAAAUGUUAAAUAGAACAUUACUAGUCCGUGAAAUACAGGAGUCAUUUAUACAUACACAACCAAUCUAUGCAUAAUAUCAUUGUUCAGCUUUAGAUCAUACUUUUACAAUAAUCAUGUAUAUAUCACCCAAGCCCAAUUGCUAGUACUUAUAAUUUUUGUAAUUGUUCAAUGAUUUUCUUUUUAAUUGUAUAAAAUAUUCUAUUUUAGUCUGACAGAUUAAAUCAUAAAGAGGUGGUUAUGUCUAGAUCAGCAUUAUGUUAACAUAAUUUGUUCAGUAAGACUAUAUCAGUAUUAUUUCAAAACUCUAUAAACUUUAAAAUGAUUAUUGAAAUGGUUUUAAAACAUUUUCAAAAUUGAAAGCAACAUAUUUAAUUGUAAAACUUGGAAUUAAAAAACUUUCAAAUACAUUGCAGUUCAAAAGUUAUGUAACUGGUUUAAUCUAGUAUAAACUGAUAAUGUUUACAAUUCAAUUUUACCAUGACACACUUAAAACUGGAAUCGGUUACUUCCCUAUUUCUUUAUGCACGAAAUAUAAUAACUAUGUAAUUAAAGAAAGUUGAAAUAAUCCUACAAUCUUGAGUUCUGUCAUUUUCUUGUUUUAUAGCUGUAUUAUAUGCUAAAACCAUAUAUAUAUCAAACUUUUAUACAUUGAGUUUUAUCCACCAGCAUAAUCAUUCAUUUAAGAUGUUGCAAUAAUUAAACAUCAUGUAGAUAUUAGUUUAAAUGUAUACAUAUAGGUUGUCCUCCAUUAGAAUAUGAUUUUUAUUUUAAUCCUUAAAUUUAUGAUGUCAUGACCAAUACAAUCACCACACAUUGUCUCCUCUAAGAGUCCUCUUCACUCAUAUUGGGAGACAAAUUAGUCAUGUCUGUCUGUCUGUUAGGAAAAAGUUUGUCAACAGAAAUAUCCCUAUUGAUUUACAUAGGAAUAGAUUGAAACUUGACAGAAUUACUUAAUACAAGUUUAGUUGUGUACCUCAUAUUAAUUAUUUUUAUCUUUGGAUUUAUGUGGAUUUCCCAUAGCAAAAAACAGCUUAGGAAGUUUUCCAAUGCAAUGAUACAUCAUACAUAUAACGUUGUGAUGAAAUUCCAGCAUGAUAGAAUUAUUUCAUACCAUAGGCAAUGAUAGAUUGAAAUGAGUUAACAGUUUGUAGUUAAUGUGGAUUGGCGUCAGAGUUUGUCACAUUCGUAAAGAAAUGAACAAAAAUCUUAUCAAAUUCAGGCUCUGGAAUUUCCUAUGGUUUUGAGCCUUCAUUGUUUAAUAGCCAGUUUUGUAUAAUACCCAUGACAUUGUCUGUUUUGUGCUAUGUUUUUUUGUUUGUUCCUGGACUAUAUGAAGUCUGAAGGUUUUUUCAGUUUUAACUGGCAAGUUUAGGUUGUUGUAUACAAUUCCCUUCUACCAUUUGAUAUUAAUUACUGUAAAUUAAUUAGCGACUACAAAUUAGCAGGAAUAAAAAUGACGGGAAGACAUGUAAUUUAAACCUAGAGACUUCAUAUUUAGCAGCUUUUGAUUACACAUUGAAAAUUAUUUACAUUUUUAUCCAAAUUUUUUAACAAUUUAAGUGGGGAGGGGGGGUUAUUUUGUCUAUCCAUUUUUUGUUGCAAAAUAAAAGAAAGAUAAAAAAAUUCUUAUCAUUGUCUUUACAAUUGAUAUUUCUUCUUUAUUCAUAUUUACCAUUGAAUAGCAUUACAUUUCAUAUUUCAUAUAAUUGUUCACAAGACAUAAUUUGUUGUAUAUUUCAUGUAUUUGUUUUGUAUAUAAUAAGUAGAUAGAGUUAUAAAUUGUUACAAGUAUAUGCGAAUAUGUACUUAUCAUGUUGUUGGUUAUUUUUCAAAGUUUUAUAUUAUUGACCAUCAUUUGUAGUAUUUUUAUGAUUUGAAUUUGAGUUGUUAGUCAAUUAGACAGCUGUCGCCACCCUCUGUUACUUAAAAUGUUUAAUGAGGGAUUAUUUGUUAUGUAUGUUUCAAAAACUUAUUUCCUAAUCUUCAAUCAAUAGUGCACUUUAGAAAAGCUUAAAUCAUUUGCCCUUUAAGUAAAUACAUUUCUUUUACUUUUUGUAAGAUUUCAACCACUAUUGCAUCAUUUGUAAAGAUUAUUACAUUCUGUUGCAUAAAUAAAUUACAUUUUUUGCAAUAGCAUAUUAUUUUUUUCUAAAAAUGAAAUUGGUUUUUGAUUAUAGAAAAAUAUCAAGUUGAAAAGUCUUUGACGAAAUUAAAUGUAAUUAACACCAAAUUUUAUUUUUGAUAUGAAUUGUAUUUUAUUAUAGAACCAUUGCUUAAAACUUUUCAGGAAUUUGUUGGAUUUCUCAGAUUUUGACACUAUUUGCCCCUGUAUAUUCCUUUGCAAAAUAUUGAUUUUUUUUUUAAUUGGAGUUUUGUUUAUUACUGUACUUUUCCUGAAUCGACUACUUUUUGUUCUUCAAUGUGUAUAUAUAUUUUGGGGGAAAACUAUUGUCAAAAUACAGUGUCACUGAACAAGAUUGUACACACUUAACAAUUUUGUUGUUAUAUAAAAAAUGAAAAUGAAACUUAAAAUAAAAUGACUUUCUCAGAUAAUUUUCUGUAUAGUAAUAUUCUAAAGAACAUAUUUCUGCUGCAGCUGCUACUAAAGAUGUGUCGAUAAAUUUUAUCAUCUAAAAGAAGCAAUUUUUUGUUGCAUCUAAGGGAGAAAAUAUUGCCAUGUGACAAAAAGACAAUUUGAACUCAUUCAUUUAUGAAUUGUUAAAUUUUGGGUGGCGUCACUUUUACCGUUCUCGAGUGAUGACCCUUUUUAAGCGUUAAAUGCAAGCUGGGGCAUCAUCUGUGUCCCAAUGGAGACAUUCUCCAUUUACUUUUUCUAAGACAAUUCUAUUUUCAAAUAGAAAUUCAUAUCUUGAUGGAUUUAAAAGAAAAUCAUCAGUAAACAUUUAAUUUUCAGAUGCCUCUAAAUUUUGCUGAUUUUUGUCACCAAAACAAACAAAAAAAUUUUUUUGACAGGUGAAUUUAAUAUAUACCAGUUAACAUAAAAUACUAGAAAGAAAAUUGUAUGCCUCACAAAAUUAUGUCACAGAUAUGUAGUUAAAUUGUUGACAAAUCUUGAAGUUUUUAUGCAUACUUAAUCAAGUUUUUUUCACAAGCAUAAUGUAACAUUUUAAAAGAUACUGUCUGUUGCAGAAAAUAUAGUUGAAAAAUCAUCUUUCAGAAUUCAUUUGUCCAACAACUUAUAUGACACAAAGAUGUCUUUUGGUUAUUUGUGUUGUUGGCUUGCCGUCUCAUUGACAUAUACCUUGCAUCUGUUUUUAUUCAUAAAUUGAUAGUAAUUGAAGGAUUGAUGAAAUAUUAUGCUGAAAUACAUUCAGAUCAUGUACUGAUUAAAAAGUAUAUCUUACAUUUGUAAAAAAAUGUCACAUACUGUAAAUUCAAAAUCUUUUAAUCAUUUUUAUUAUUGUGGAAAUUGUGAAGGGAUAGGAUUUGCAAAAAUAAAAAAUCUCUUUUUAAAUUUUGAUAUUAUUAACUGUAUCUCAUUUGCUGAAAAGGCAAUAGUUAAAUAUCACAAUUUUGUCCAUUGUUUAACAAUCACCAUAAGAUUUGUUAUAGAAGUAAACUGUGUAAAAUGCCAAACUUAAAUAUUUUUUUUUUUUACAUAUAUGUAUUUGAAACUUGUGAAAUUGAUGUACUUAUCUGUUAUAAAUACAAGUUGUAAUUUUUGCAAAAGUAUUCUGCUGCUUCAUAAUUAAAAACUAAUUUUGUACAA